AUGCUACAUAAAUAUCGUGUUGUAUUUAGCCUGGGGUAUUCGGCAUGCUUUAGCAUUUCUUUAGAAGAUUCACAGCUCGAGGCAGGAGCAUUUGUGCCUCGAUUUAGAGUCCUCUUGCUACUUGGGAAGUGCAAGAUGCAAAUACCAACGUCUUUCACCAAGUUCUUCAAUGGAAUAACACCAUGCAAAGCCACAUUGGUAGAUCACGAUGGAAAAUCUUGGGAUGUUAACUUGGAGAAUAUUGACGGUGGCUUGGUUUUUGAAAAUGGGUGGGAGAAAUUUGCUAAGGAGAGAGAUUUAGAAGAUGGGGACUUUCUGGUUUUUCAGUAUGAUGGCAUAUUUACGUUUAGUGUGAAGGUAUUUUCGAAAACUGGGUGCAGGAAAGUGGCUGCACCUCCAAGUGGAGGACAAAUUUUAACCACUGUGAAGUUGGAACAAGAUUAUGAGCAGACAAGUGGCCAAGUACAGAACGGUGUUAAACGGAAACACUCAUCACUGAGUCCCGAAAUAAACCAGAAAUCAGUGUUAGGAGGUGCAUGUUCAUCCGAAGGAACUCGGCAGCACAAGUUAAGAAAAGUAAAGGAAGAGAAAGAUGACUACAGCGAGAUGAAUGUUGCUGUGCCAAAGAGUGAACUUCCUAGGAGAGUGGUGAAGGAGAUGAAAAUCAAGCUGAAUCGGAAAAUAAGUCUGAGAGAUGAGAAUGACAGAGUAUGGCCGGCGUCGAUCCAUUCCACCGGGAAGAAAGAUCGUCACUUUUUGGGAGGUGGAUGGUAUGAUUUCAAGCGGAGUCAGAACAUUGAAGAAGGCUGUAAAUGCGAUUUUGAGUUUGUUGUUGACAAAGCAAACGUAGCCAGAGAACUGCUUGUGCGCGUACGUUCUGAUUCUUAUUGGUGA